UUCUUGAUUGUGUUUCCCCACAGCGAAACGUUUAUUUUUUUCUGACCUAAGGCCUGGGGCUGGUGGUCCCCCCCUGGGAACUGAACCGCAGGCACUGGGUAGCCUUUGGGUUUAGCGAAGAUUUCCAUUCCUAGGGGGUCCCUUCUUGCUCAGGGGGGCCUCACUAUGUGGGUUGAAGAACCCCCCUGAGUGCUGGAGUCUCCUGGGGAUAGGUGGCUAUUCUGGAGCUCCAGGGGCUGAUCCACUCUCUCUCUCUGAGCUUUCCCCUUACCUUGGAGGUCUGUGGGUCAGGCUCUCUCCGGUGGUGGGGGUUUUCUGUGCGGUCUGGGGCUGCGACUGGGUCGUCCUGGAUUCCCUGGAGCGUUCAUUGCCGUUUUCGAAUUUGGCGCCAAAACCGGCGUCUCACAGAGCCGGCGGCGCAGGGCAAUGACGUCACACGCGCGGCGCGUGUCACUUCCGGGUCGGCUCAGCAAAGAUGGCGCGCUGCAGCUCCAACACGCCAGUCGGCUUCCCACGGCACCGGAGACACACGAAAGGGCAGCAGCAGCCGAGAGAGAGCGGCGCCUUCAUCCUCACGCGAUGGAGCGAGAGGUCCGGUCGUCUACGACCCCGGCUGCGGAGGAGACCACAGGGGGUGAGUCUUCCUGGACACAGGUAUGGUGGGCUGGGACCCAGUAGUUGUUCCCUAGUAUUUACAUACAUGCCUGUGUAUCCUUUUCUUUCUAGGGGAGGAUUUUGUUGCCCAGGGGGGUGCUAGUCGUUCAGUUAAGGACACUAGUCGCUCCAAAAAAUGUGGCUAUUGUAGUUGCAAGUUACCCUCAGAUUAUUCCAAACCCUUUUGUGCUAAAUGUAUCAUUAAAUUGGCAGGGAAGGAGACCUCUGAAAUUCUGAAAGGAUUUCUUGAGGUCCAGUCUGAGAUGCUCUCUACUCUUAAAGAAUUUCAUGUGUCUUUAAAGAGCAAAGAGCCUGAAGCCCCCAUCGCAGGGCCCUCUUCUCAAGAAAGUUCCUCUUCGCAGAUUUUUAGAGUCCGCCAGGAAUCCCUUGGUUCCUUAGUAUCUGACUCUGAAGAUUCAGAGAUUCCUCCCCAGGAGGAAGGUUCUAUUGGUCAGGCGGAAGAAGAAAAUGAGGAUACUAGGACAGGCAGAUAUGUCUUUGCUGCCGACGACAUGGAAGGUCUCCUUGAGGCAGUGUACGCCUCCGAGGAGAUUCCACAGCCUACGGAAGAAAUUUCCACACAGGAUGCUCCCCUCGCGCAAAUUUCCAAACAGUCGGACCUCUCCUUUGAGGACACAGGCAACUUGAAAGAUCCUAUGGAUCGGCGGGCAGAGACCUCCUUGUGUAGGGCCUGGGAAGCUAAUGCGGCUGCCUUGAGCCCCGCAUUGGCUUCGGCCUGUAUUGCUAGGAAUGCUAAUUCUUGGAUCUCCAAGUUGAUGGAACAUGUGUCCCAGGGUUCAGACUCUAAGGGGAUUCUAGAAUCCCUUCAGCUCAUAGGGAGCGCAGUAGCUUAUUUAGCAGACACCUCAGUAGAGACGGUACGUUCUACCGCAAAGACAGGAGCCCUCCUCAACUCUGCCAGAAGAGCAGUAUGGGUCAAGAUGUGGAAUGGGGACCUUGCGUCUAAGAACCGCCUUUGUGGUCUUCCCUUCGAGGGCUCCCUUCUCUUCGGUACGGGCCUGGAUCAGGCCCUGACUAGGUCCUCAGAAAAAGGGGUGCGUUUUCCUACUAAGCCUAGACAAAACAAGAAAAAGUUUUUUCGAGGCCCCCAGGGGGGGUUUGGAGGUAAGAACCGUUCCUCGGAGAAGAAGGCCCCUUACAACAGACGUUGGGGUGCUGGGAAGGAAAAACAAAAAGGGGGUAUCCUUUUUUCCAAUCCAAAACCCAGCGACAAGGACUCCAAAUGACGGGAAGGUCGGGGGAAGACUCUCCCAGUUCCUUCCCAGGUGGGAGAGUAUUACUCAAAGUCCCCACAUUCUCCAAAUCGUAAGGGAGGGGUACAAACUAGAGUUCCGUCAGCUUCCCCCUCCAAACUUUAUUCUGACUCACUUACCCAAGGACCCUCUCAAGUCAGCAGGCCUUCUGCAAAAUGUCUCAGAACUGGCACAACAGGGGGUCAUAGUUCCAGUCCCUGUGUACCAGAGAGGGUUGGGAGUGUACUCCCACAUCUUUGUGGUCCCCAAGCCUUCAGGCAAAUUUCGAUUGAUUAUCAAUCUGAAACCCCUGAAUACCUCCCUCCUCCACAAGAGGUUUCGAAUGGAGAGUAUUUACAGCCUCAGGAGGCUCCUACUAAGAGAGGUAUUCAUGGUCACCAUCGAUUUAAGAGACGCGUACCUCCAUGUCCCAAUCUUCUUGGGUCAUCAGAGGUUCCUCAGGUUUGCGAUUGCCUCC